AUGCCUUCAGAUACAUCCGCAGCGGAAGCCAUCGCAAAAGCUGCCAAAACCGCAUUCGAGGCCUCCCAGCUGAUACCCACAUCCGAACGCGUCCGCGCCCUCCAUGAGAUUAGAAACGAGCUCGAGGCAAGCAAGGCCUCUAUCCUGGCCGCGAACAAGGAAGACAUGGACGCGGCCCAAGUUGAGGUCGAUGCGGGCCGCAUGUCCACGUCCCUCUUAAACCGCCUGGAUCUGCGCAAAGGCGAUAAAUGGGACUCGAUGCUGCAGGGCGUCACCGACGUCGCAAACCUCACAGACCCGACCGGUAAAGUCUCGUACGCGUCAGAGCUGGACGACAACCUGGAAAUCUACCGCGUCUCGUGUCCGAUUGGCGUGCUGCUAGUCAUAUUCGAGGCCAGGCCGGAGGUGGUCGUGAAUAUCGCCGCUCUGGCGAUUAAAUCUGGUAAUGCUGCCAUUCUCAAGGGCGGAAAGGAGUCCAACCGCAGCACGCAGCUCAUCUCCAAGGCCAUCCAGACUGCUCUGUCAAGGACAAACCUCCCCAACACCUACAUUCAGACCAUCCAAUCCCGCGCAGAGGUGAACUCGCUCCUCUACUUGGAUCAGUAUAUUGACCUCGUGAUCCCUCGCGGGAGCAACGAGCUCGUCCGCAAUAUUCAAAAUAAUACUCGGAUUCCAGUGAUGGGCCAUGCCGAUGGAUUGUGCGCGAUAUACCUCGACGAGUCUGCUGACUCGGAAAAAGCUGUCCGCAUCGUUGUUGACUCGAAGAUCGACUACCCAGCAGCUUGCAAUGCAGUCGAGACACUCAUCGUUCACGAAUCACUGCUGUCUACAGUUUGGUUAGACGUCGCAAAAGCACUUCUGAACGCCUCUGUCACCCUCCUCUGCGAUCCUCCUACCCUCGCAGCCCUCGACAAACUCUCCCCAGCGCCCUCCAACCGACUGACCCACGUCCGCCCCGCCCCGCCAGACGCGUACACAACCGAGCACCUCAGCCUCACGCUCUCGGUUCUCACUCUGCCUUCCCUCCCUGCUGCCAUGCAGCACAUCAACGCGCAUUCCUCGCACCACACCGACUGCAUCGUCGCUGAGGACGUCGCCGCCGCCAGCACGUUCACACGCGGCGUCGACUCGGCGGGCGUGUUCGUCAACGCGAGCACGCGCUUCGCGGACGGGUUCAGGUAUGGGUUCGGCACCGAGGUGGGGAUCAGCACCGGGCGCAUACACGCGCGCGGACCUGUCGGACUGGAGGGCCUGGUCACGUACAAGUAUGUGUUGAGGAGCAAAGGCGAGAACGGGCACGUCGUUGGGGAAUUUGGGAGCGGAGAGGGGAAGAAGAGGUAUAAGCACGCGCCCAUCCACGCCAAUUCGGUUCCAUUCUGACCGGACAUGCAUUGUAUAUCGCUCAUGUGUGUGUGCAAUGUAGCAUAAGUAAAUAUAUAGGAGUAGAGAUCGUC